CGGCGCCGUUCGCCGACAGUCGACAUUGGCGCAGAAACACACUGUUGUCGCUCUGUCCGUUGUUGUCGGUUUACAUUUCGCAUUCGUCCACCAUUGUACAUUUGUACGCCCCUGCCGCCGCCGCCAUAAGCUUAAUAAUUUCGUCGCAUUUUGGUAUUUGACGACCGCCGAUCAACGCGUUUCCUUCCGUCGCUGCUUGUGCUGCCCACACCUUCGUAUUUUCGAUCCCCUCCACGGUGCCCCGAUCGUUGUCGGAACACUCGCACGUUUCAACAGCAACCGAUGCUGAUGACCGCGUACGCAUUCGCCGUUGUCCGCAGAAUUCCCUCUUUCGAAUCUCCGACGUGUGACCACAUCGCGUAGAGAAUGCUCCUUUAAUUAUGUGAAUCGUCCGUCGUGUGUCGGACAUGCGUCAAAUCGUAAUAUGAGCAGCACCAUACUUGAUUUUAAAGUUGUCAAAAGUGCUAUCAACAAAUUUGGUAACAAUUAUUUACCAUGUUCACGGUGGGCCUGAUCGGAGGUGGCGAUUCGAAUCCACAGAGCGUACAAUCGAAUCCACAGAGCGUAGAGUCGAAUCCUCAGAGCGAAGAGUCGAAUCCACAGAGCGAAGAGUCGAAACCAAAUACCAUAACGUGCGGUAUCUAUCAACUACUUAAGUUAUUUCCUACCGCACCUUUUAAAGGAGAUUUUGAAAAUAUACGGAAGAAGUAUUCCCAAGUACCACCAGGUGCUGAUCUUUCUGAAUACAUUAAACUUAGAUUGAGAGAAAUUAUGGAUCCUACCAACAAAAAACCUAUCGGAGCUAUCAUUUUGCCUAUGCAUCAGAUUUUUAAUAACCCGAAUAUAUCAAUUACUCCUAGUUCACCGGUAGUGAAACAACCUGCAAUAGCCAGCCGAUCAUGGACUGCGCCAACUGGGUGUUCACCUCCGGUUUCAAUUGUACCUGUGUCUUGUGAGCAAGACAAAUCGGCGCCAAAUAGUAAAGAAACUCAAAAAAAUAAUAAAAGAACUGCCUCAUAUCCAAUUUCUAAUCGGACAAUUAAAAAGCCUAGACUCUCUAUUACUAAACCGCCCAAAGCUAGUAAAGAUUACAAACCUAUUAUAUCAAACCAAGUUGUAAAUCAUCAAUCGAAGAAAAAUGAUACAAUAGUUUCUAGUAUUGAUGCAGCUACAUUAAUCCCUUCAACAUCAAAUGCUGUUAUCCGAUCAUCUCAAGAGAUCACUUGUGUACAGGCUACGAAGGAAGAACGGCCAGAAUUGAAUUGUAAGGAGGAUUCUCCACGUUUAAAUAUUAAUAAAAGCGACGAUGGAAUCUUAAAGAAGUAUUUCUUUAUGACGGACAAUCAGUUCAAGUUUGAUGAUAUAGGCAAUAAAAGUGGAUUCUCACACUCAAACCAGGAAAUGCUUAGAAUACAGACUAAAAAUGAAAUGUUUGAGAUUACAAGACCCGAGAUGAUGGAUGAACUUCUCUUUGCUGUGGGCAUGGUCAUGAAAAAGACCGUUUCUAAAGAAGAAUUAGAGACUUUAAAACAAAAUUCAGACGUCUUACAAUCCCCUAAACUUGAAUGGUCUUCUGAAACAAAAAAUGUCACUUCAACUAGUUCUACAACAAGCCCAUCUAGUCACAAUAAUGUUUCCAACUCAAAAAAUCAAUCCAAUCAAGUCAGUAUUAAUAAAUCACAGAGACAUACAAUCAAUCUACAACAACCAUCUAAACAAACAAUACAAAUAUCAAAUAUCACUAAACAACAAUCUGCUUCAUCCACUAUCUCUUCAAAAAUGCAACAUUCUACAAUUAAACAGACUGAUAUAAAACAUCAUGUAUCUAAUAAUCAAACUAAUAAUACUUCUCUAAAACAUCUGGCUACAACAAAACAUAUUAAAACAUCAAAUAAACAGAAAGUCAACAGUAAACCGCUUCCCUUGUCACCAAAACACCCUAUAUCAACUACUAAAAAAGUGGUUAAUCUAUGUCAGACUGUGAAACCAAUAGUUACAUAUCAGCCAUCAGUUAAAGAUGUAAGAAUGUGUAUAAAGUGCAAAUCUGUAUCAGAGGAUGAAGUUUGUGCUGCUUGUCGUAUGGCUUCUCAUUUAAAAAAUGUUACAGUCACAAGGAUUGAAACACCUAGUACUUCAGCAAUUAUAGCGCCUGAGAUUCCUAUUACUACCCCUAUAAAGCCUAUUGAUGUUCCUUCAAGUUCCGUAAAUUCUGUUUCGCCGCAUGACCCAGUUGUGCUGCUUUUAUCAUCCGGAGAAGAAGAUGAUGAUAAUACUUUAGAACCUAUUAUUACUAAAGUUGAGACGACUGAAGCUUUACAUAAAUAUACAGGCAAAUUAACUUUGAAUCCUAAACUUUUGGAAGAUAAAUUAUGGCAGAAAGACUUGAGUACUAAGGAUUAUUUUAAAAUUGAGGAGUGUCACUCUGUACACAUUGGUAGUUUUGAAACGUUUCCAGCACGCUGUGGUGAUAUGUUAGUGUGUCUGCAUGGAAUACGUAUGGUGAUACGUAAUCUUGAAUGCAAUCCAGUGACUAUUGAUUUACAAAUGGACAAUGUUGUGAAAAUUUUGGGUUUUUAUGGAGAAAAGCCUUUAAUUAUAAUUUAUACUGACCAUUUAGCUGCCGUUGGCAUUCAGUAUUUAUUAAAAAUGAGCCAAGAUAACAAAAAUUACUUCUAUGAUCCACUUAGUAAAGAUGCCGUGCUAAAUAAAAUAGUUUGGUUUUUUAAUUUAAAAAGAAUUGAGUUAGCACAGUUGGAAAAAUUACUGAGGAAAUUACCUAAAAAAAAGUAUGGACCCUUGACCGUAAAUCAAGCCCACAAAAUACUUAGCUUGCAUAAAAAAGAUGAUGAAGAGAUCAAAAGAUGUGCAAAAGAAGAACAGGAAACAGCUGAUUCGGCUAUUGUGUUGCUGAUAGAUAAAUUAAUUGAGAGUACCCAUACGAUCAAAGUAUUGGACUUUAAAAUGUUGAGCUCAAGUGAAUUUUUGAAUGAUAUUCUUUUUGAAUUUUAUAUGGAUUAUGUGUAUACUUAUGAAUUAAGUGAAGCAGAUAGAAAACGUACAAGUAUCUUCAGUACAUACUUUUAUACCGCAUUAUCAAAACCUAUUAAUCUAGCUGACUAUAAUUCAUCCUUAUCACUAUCAAAAAUUAGACACCAAAGGGUAAAAAAAUGGACUAAAAAUGUAAAAAUAUUUGAAAAAGAUUUCAUUUUUAUACCAAUAAAUGAGAGUGCUCAUUGGUAUAUGGCGGUUAUUUGUUAUCCUCACCUAUCAGGUAAGAUCAGCAUGAAAGAUGGCACACCAGUAAACACACCUGAUGAUCUUACUGGUCGAUAUGAAUUGCCACCAAUUGAAGCAAGAAAUCCUGAACGUACUGAAGCUGAUCCUAACAUUGAAGAUCUUUGGCUGUUUGAUGUGAAUACAACUCAAAACUAUCUAGAUAAACGUGGAUCGGAUUAUGAAACUGAUGUAGCAAAUUACUUAAAAAAUAAACAUAUGCCAGUUAAACAGCCAUGCAUUUUAAUAUUAGAUUCUAUAUCUGGUGGUGUUAAUCGUGCCAGAGUCACAGCCACACUACGUGAUUGGAUGGAGCAAGAAUAUAUCUCUAAAUACAAUGACGAAACAAAAGACUUUAGCCCUAAUACUAUUAAAGCAUCUUUAAUUAAAGUACCUCAGCAACCUAAUUUUGUAGAUUGUGGCCUUUUUGCCCUUCAUUAUUUUAAACUAUUUUUUGAAAAGCCGAUCGUAGAUUACACUUUUCCAAUUUGUCACUUGGAAAAUUGGUUCCAUCCUGAUGAGGUGUCUAAGGACAGUGCGAAAAGAAAAGAGCUAAGAGAUAUUAUAUUGGCUAGGAUGAAAGAACGAGGAUCUGUUUUGCCUUUGGGUUUUAAGUUACCAGUUCUCGAUUUUACUCCCUCUCCUACCCUAAAACCACAUCCAUCUGAUGUAUCAAACUCAACAAACAUGUCAAACCGUCAGAGUUCAUCAAAUCCAUCAUACCUGCCAAAUCGUUAUCAUCCAAACGCGGCACACAAUUCUCCCAAGCCUUCAACUUCUCAAAAUCAACCAAAACAUCCAAAUCCUUCGCUUAAAUUUCCAAAUCAUCUUAAUAGAAAUAACAGCGGGUAUCAUAAUAAUCAUCAGUGUUAUGAUGACCACAAUGAAGAUUCUGAUGAAGAAGAAAGCAUAGAGAGUAUAGAUGAAGAUGUAAACAGACAAUUUAAUGAAAAUGAUCAUUAUGAUGAAGAUUUUAGAGAACCAUAUGAGGAAGAUGAAGAAUAUGAUGAUGAUGAUGAUGAAGCAGUUAUUCAGGAACAAGCAGAAUAUUUGGCUGAAAUGGUAGGGAGUCCGGAGCAUGUUGACGACGAAGAAGAAGGUUUAGAACAUGAUUAUGACAAUGAACCAAUUAAUGAAUUUCAUCGUAAUAUGCAUGCCAAUAAUGGAAAUAUUCCUUAUAUUAAUGAUCCUCGUCAUAGAGGGGUUGCCCAUCCUAACGAAAACUUCCAAUUACUUAGGCCUAACAAUCAUGAUGUAGUAUUCAAUAAUGACAAUGAUGAGUAUGAUGAAAUUGUAGAUGAAGAUGAAGGUGAAGAUGAAGGUGAAGAUGAAGGUGAAGAUGAAGGUGAAGACAUUGAUCACAUUCAUCAUCUUAAUCCUAACCAUGAUAUUGAUGAUGAUGAAGAAGAUGACUAUCCAGAUGCCAAUCCGAGAAUAAAUCAUCAUAGACGUAAUAAUCAUUUUAAUCAUAGAAGACUAUAAAAUUAAAUUAUAUCAAAAUAAAUAAAUUAAAAACAUGUUAUAAUCUCAUUAAAAUGUUAAGACCAGUUUGACGUUAUUUAAAAUUGUAAAUAUUAUGAUAUGUUUGUAAGUAACAAAAUUACUUAUAUUAAUGUAAAAAAAUACUGAAAUUUAUUAUUUAAAAAUAGAUAUUUGAUUUAUUAAUAUGUUCAUUCCAAUUUAUCUGCUUUAAAAGCAUAGUUUUUAAAAUAUAUUUUAUUUGGGUCAUUUAAAUUUGAUAUCCUUAAUUGGUUAGAAUUUGUUUUGACAUCUAUGUUUUGUAUGUAAAAAUCCAUGUGUAUUAAAAUGUUAUAUUUCAAUAUGCUGUUAUCAUUGUUUUAAUGUAUAGUACAAUAUGUGGUUCUUAUGGUUUAUAACAAUGUAAUUAAUUUUGAUAAUAUAAAUUAUACAGCAUGUACAAAUAUUUUUUUAAA